UUUCAGACCUAGCUUAAUCAAUUGUGAGAUCUGCUGUUUUUUGCCUUCAAUGACGUUCAAAUAUUAUUUUAUAGCUUUGUUACCGAUAUGUAAUGAUUGUGCGUUCUCUUGUGGUCUCACUCUAAACAAAAGAAAACUAAAAAACUGCACAAAAGAAACAAAAGAGUCAGCUGUUUGAGAACGACAUCCGAUAAGUGUAAACAUGCGGCCACAUAGAAAAUACUAUGAUUUGAAUAAUGAUAACGACGUUCAAGCUGCAUUAGACCUCUUAGACGAUUCUGAUGCAGAUUUCAGUGACGAUAAUGAUAUUGAUGAUGAAACUUGGGUACCAUUCAACAUUUUCCCAGAAUCUCCAGCAAGUGGUGAAGAUGAUAAUGAGAAUGCAACUGCAUCUCAUGCAUCUGCAUCUGCAUCUGCGACUGCAUCAGCAAUUUCUCAGGACGAUUCAAGUGUAGCAGCUCCGCAAACAUCACGGCCAAUCAUUAUUUCUAAUAUUUUGUUAAUGGCAGCACAGCCAUCAUCUAUCAGAAAUGUUUCACUAAAUAUGACUCUGUCAUGCACUUCCACAAGUAAUACAGCGAAAAGACGCCAACUAUAGAAAAGUGCUCCAUUUGAUUGCAACGAUCUACCCAUUGCAUCUGGUUGUCAAAACAUAGCAUUAGGGAAAACACCAUUGGAGUACUUCAAGAAUUACUUCCCAGAAUCGCAUUACGACGAUGCUAUAAAAUUUACAAAAAUGUACGUUAUGAGCACACGUGGGCAGGAAGUCCGAUAUCAACAAGCCGAUUUUAAACGAUUUUAUGGAUGCGCAAUGAUAAUGGGGUGUCUUGGAUUUCCGAAAAUAAGAAUGUACUGGUCACAUGAAUGCCAAAUUCCUGCAAUUUACAAUUCAAUGUCACGUGACAAAUUUUUGCAAAUGCGAUCGGACAUUCACUUUGCAGAUGUUUCUGUGCCAGACCCCUGUAACAAAUUAUGGCGUGUACAACCUGUGAUCGAUUUAGUAAGAAACCGUUGCAAUAAUUUAGCAACUGAAAUAACACAGUAUUCAAUGGAUGAACAAGUUAUUCCAUUUACUGGAAGAUGUCCUGCGCGUCAAACAAUUCGAUC